CCAUGGGUAACCAUGGAGCCUCUUCUUAUCAUUUCUCCCUCCCAAAAUCCAAGAGCCUCCAAACAGAAAGCCGACUCCAUCGCCUAUAAACUGAACCCGCAACUGAACCAACAUUCAAAUCAGUUCUAGGAAUUGGAGGACCAACAAGGGAAGAUGAUGAUGUCAAGAUCUUGUAUACCAGCUCCAAUGGUUAAAAUAAAAGCAGGAGGAAUACGCUGCGAGGCAGUGGUGGGGCCCUUCACGGGGAGAGACCCGAAUUUGAAGAAGGCGGGGUGGCUGAGGCAGAAAGCGCCGCAGGGUAUCAAGUAUGAGGAGGUGAAGGAGACCUUGUCCCAUUUGAAUCUCAAGACGGUGUGCGAGGAGGCCCAAUGCCCGAACAUUGGCGAGUGUUGGAAUGGAGGUGGUGACGGCAUUUCCACUGCGACCAUCAUGGUUUUGGGAGACACCUGUACUCGCGGCUGUCGGUUCUGUGCUGUCAAAACCAGCCGAACCCCUCCCCCUCCCAAUCCAAUGGAGCCCAUCAACACCGCCAUGGCCGUUGCCAGCUGGGGUGUCGAUUAUAUUGUUUUGACAAGUGUUGAUCGUGAUGACUUGCCUGACGGUGGCAGUGGGCAUUUUGCCCAGACUGUCAAGGCCCUUAAGGAUCUCAAGCCUGACAUUAUGGUUGAAUGCUUAACUUCUGACUUUCGGGGUGACUUGACUGCCGUGGACACUUUGCUACACUGCGGUCUUGAUGUCUUUGCACACAACAUUGAGACUGUCAAAAGCCUUCAGCGAAUUGUCAGAGACCCUCGCGCUGGGUAUAAGCAGAGCUUAUCUGUUCUAAACCAUGCAAAACAAAGCAAGAAGGGGAUGACUACAAAAACUUCUAUAAUGUUGGGCCUUGGAGAAUCAGAUGAUGAGUUGAAAGAGGCCAUGGCUGAUUUAAGGGCUAUAGAUGUAGAUAUACUGACACUUGGACAGUAUUUACAGCCAACUCCACUACAUUUAACUGUCAAAGAAUAUGUCACCCCUGAGAAAUUCGAGUACUGGAAGGAAUAUGGGGAGUCCAUUGGAUUUCGUUAUGUAGCGAGUGGGCCCUUGGUUCGAUCCUCGUAUAGGGCAGGGGAGCUAUUUGUUAAGACAAUGGUGAGGGAACGUGCUGGAGCUAUAGUUUAAGAAACUGGUGCGGAAAAGAGCCGAGGAUAGAGCAAACUACAGUUAUUGUAGUUGCAAGCCAACGGCUGUUUACUAGGUGAUACAAUAUUCUAAUUUCUCAAUCAUCUUUUUUUUUUUGGGCAAAAUCUAAAUCUAGUGUCUACUCAUACUAAUUUGGCAAAUUGAAUUUUUAGCUGCGAACCAGCAAUAUUAGUGAUACAACAUGUAUUAGGUGAUAUAAGCUCUUGAUGAUUUACUAUUAAUCGUUUUUUAAUAAUAAAAAUGUGUGUGCUUGUUA